AUGCCAAUUAUUAUACUAAUUGUCAUCACGUAUUUGCCGGAAAAACCGCAUGAGAAGAUUGUGAAGGAACAGAACUGCUAUAAAACGUGCAAGUUUCGUGUCGUCGAGACAAUUCCGACCAACAUCACGUUCGGCGAUUCGCCGCUUCCGAUGUCGACGUACCGCGCGUGGAGUCAUCUGAUUAAAAGUGCGCGUGAGGAGUUGUUCAUCGCCGCCUACAAGUCGAGUUUACAGGGCAAACAUGUGCUCGGCGAUAUGGACAAAUUGUUCUCGAAUGAGGGCGAUGCCAUUUAUGGCAACAUCAUGUCGGUAGGAAAGACCGGUGAAGUAAAUAUCAGAAUGAUCGAGAAUUAUCCGCCAAAAGAUAAAGGAGAUAACGCGGAUGGUGUGAUUCUUCAAAAUUAUGGAGCAGUUCAUCGAAAAUCAAUCGAUAUUAGUCAUUAUAUGGGCCGCGGAAAAAUGCAUUCGAAAUUUAUGAUUGCCGACAGGAAGCACUUUUAUCUGGGAUCAGCGAACCUCGACUGGAGGUCGCUUAAUCAGAAAAUGGAAUUAGGCCUUCUCAUCGAAGAUUGCGAAUGUCUUGGAGAGGAUUUGUACAAUAUCUUUGACGUUCUAUGGCAUCUUAAAGAGACGGGCCUCAACAAUAAUAAACCGCUUCAGCGGAAUGCGGCCUAUAAUAAGGAAAGACCAUUGAGUGUGCAGAUUCAAGGAAAACCAGCGAAAGUUUACAUUGCGACAUCGCCGAAGGAAUUGAACAACCCGAGGAGAACGUGGGAUUUGGACGCGAUUGUUCACGAGAUUGAUUCGGCCAAGCAGUUCAUUGACAUUCAUGUAAUGGACUACUUCCCACUGUUCUUGUACAGAAACCCUAAAGUUCACUUUGCUAUUAUUGACGACGCAAUCAGGCGGGCAAUUGUAAGAGGAGUGCAAAUCCGAAUGCUGGCUGCUGCCCUACACUAUCCAGAUAUUGGAACCCGAUUCUUAAGAUCCCUUGAAUCGCUCAAUAAUGUUUAUGCGAAUGGGACCAUGCAAGUGAAAAUCUUCAAAGUGCCAACGGCGAAUGUUGAAAGUAUUGUGAUAAAUCGAGAAAGGAGAACUCAUAAUAAAUUCAUGGUCACUGAAUCCGCGGUUAUCAUUGGUACUAGCAACUGGUCUGGCGACUAUUUCAUGGGCGGCACUACUGGAGCAGCAAUUGUGAUUCGACAGACCGGAAAGACUAGGCCGUUCGUUAGAGAAAUGACCGAAAUUUUCAAUCGCGAUUGGAAUAGUGAAUAUGCACAUCCUUUAGACGAGUAUUUCGAGAAAUGCGUCGAAACCGACAUCGGCGAAUUUUGCGAGGGCAAAAAGGAUCCGACGCUGUUCGCGAGUCCCGAAUCGUCGCAGGAAUAG